UGUGGCUGAAAAUCAGUAAAGUAUGGCAGCAAAUCGGCAGCAGCAGCAACACGUUGCCGCCUUGCUGAUACUCGCAGCAGCGGGCCUGCUGCUGCUGGCUGGCUGCGCCCAGGGCUACUCGUUGCGCUCGUCCUCGCCACCUCAGGUCGACGAGAGCUUCGUGGUUCCGCACUACACCCACUACGACGAGCUACGCCAGGUUUUUCGCAAUUUGGCCGACAAGUAUCCGAAUCUCGCGCGACUUCAUUCCAUCGGCAAAUCCGUCGAGGGCCGAGACCUCCUCGUCUUGGAGAUCAGUGAAAAUGUUCGCGAAAGGAAGCUCGGAGAGCCGAUGGUCAAGUAUGUGGCCAAUAUGCAUGGUGAUGAAUCAGUUGGUCGAGAACUCAUGGUUUUCCUCGCCAAGUAUCUUCUUUAUAACUACGGAAAAGACCCAAGGGUGACUAGGCUCGUCAAUAAUACGGAUAUUUUCAUUAUGCCCUCGCUCAAUCCAGACGGAUUCGAGAAGUCAAAGGAAGGUCUCUGCAAUUCACUCGAUCAUUUUGUUGGCCGAGAAAAUGCCAAUCACGUUGAUCUCAAUCGGAAUUUCCCGGAUCAAUUUGAUCCCAGAAUGAGUCACAUCAAGGGUGGAAAAUUAAUAGCAAGAAGACAGAGUGAGACUAUUGCAAUGAUGACAUGGAUUGUAACUGAGCCAUUUGUACUUUCUGCUAAUUUUCAUGGAGGUGCUUUAGUGGCUAGCUAUCCAUAUGAUUCGGGAAUUGAAGGUGAAUGCUGUGAAGAAAGUAAAUCUCCCGAUGAUAGAAUGUUCAAACACCUUGCCCAUGUUUAUGCUGACAAUAAUCCAAACAUGAGAGCUGGUAAUGCCUGCCCAUCUGAAAACUUUUAUGGUGGUGUCACUAAUGGAGCAAAGUGGUAUAAAGUAACAGGAGGCAUGCAAGAUUUCAAUUAUGCAAGAUCUAAUGCAUUUGAAGUCACAUUUGAGCUAAGUUGCUGCAAGUACCCUCACGCACGACAGUUACCUGGUUAUUGGCAAACAAAUAAAGAAUCUCUUUUAAGAUACCUGGAACAAGCUCAUGUUGGAAUUAAAGGUCUUGUUACUGAUACGCAUGGACAACCUAUUGAAGAUGCUAAUAUUGUCGUGAUUGGAAUAAAUAAAAAUAUUACAAGUACAAAUCGUGGAGAAUAUUGGCGUCUACUUUUACCUGAUACAUAUACCGUCUAUGCAACAGCUUGGGGAUAUUCUUCAAGUGAACCUCAGCGAGUCACCGUUAAAAAUGGCAAUGCCGAAAUCGUAAAUUUUGUCUUAGAACCACUUCCGUACAGAGAGCCACAAGACACAAUGGAAAAAGUCGUGCGCGCGGUGAAAGACCGCGACUCUAACGGCUUCUACACAAAACCAGAUUUCACUCACCACAAUUACACGGAAUUAACUCGUAUUCUUCACGACUUGCAAUCAAAUUAUCCGGAUAUUGCACGAGUCUACAGCGUUGGAAAGUCAGUGAAGGCGCGCGAGUUGUGGGUCAUCGAGCUGACGUCGCCGAGCGAUAAAAAUCGCGGCGAGCACGAUCCAGACAAACCCGAGAUGAAGUACAUAGGUAAUAUGCACGGAAAUGAGGUGGUGAGUCGCGAAUUAUUGCUACUCUUGGCUCGUUACUUGUGCGAAAAUUAUGGCACGGAUGAACGCGUCACCAAGAUCAUGAAUUCCACUAUGAUUCAUAUUAUGCCAAGCAUGAAUCCCGAUGGUUACGAGGUUUCUAUUCCGGGAGAUUGGGAUGGAGUCAAAGGACGUAACAAUGACCACGAUGUCGAUCUAAACAGAAACUUCCCCGAUCAAUAUGUAGAAAACCAAUACAAUCACGUUCAGGAACCUGAAACCAAAGCAGUAAUGGAUUGGAUAACAUCGAGACCAUUUGUGCUGUCGGCUAAUUUACACGGUGGCGCAUUGGUCGCCAAUUACCCUUACGACGAUAAUCCAGCUUCGCGAGGAAAUAGAAUGCCUUACCCGAAUCCCAGUCCCGACGACGAUGUUUUUCGCUUCUUGGCCCAAACGUACUCGGACGCUCACGCCACAAUGCAUCUCGGAAAACCGUGUCCCUUGAAACCCGGAGAAACAAUGGUCGGACUGUUGCAGGAACGAUUUCCAGGUGGUAUAACCAACGGUGCCAAGUGGUAUCCCGUUACUGGAGGAAUGCAAGACUUCAAUUACGUUCACAGCAACGCCUUCGAGUUGACUCUCGAAGUCAGUUGCAUCAAGUAUCCGAACGCAACGGAUUUAGAAAGUUAUUGGAGAGAUAACAGGGAAGCUUUGCUCAAGUACAUCGAAGCGACGCGCAAAGGAAUUCAUGGUAUGAUCAAAUCGAGUAUAGGUGGUACUGUGCCUGGUGCCAAGGUUAUCGUAGAGGGUCACGAUCAUGACAUUUACGCCAGUAAAUUAGGCGAUUAUUGGCGUCUUUUGCUACCUGGAACUUACAAUGUUACUGUAACUGCACCAAAUUUUGAACGACAAACGAGAACAGUUAUCGUUCCUGAAGACACAGGUGAAGCACGGCUAGAUUUUACCCUCCUCAGAGACGAUGUUCCUCACUGGAUACAUUUGAAUGAUUUUGACUUGGAAGCUAAUCAGAAAAACGGAUAUCUCAGCAACAGCGAAUUAAGUGAGAGCUUCAAACAACUCGAAUUCGAUCCAAGUGUAGCUGAAUUCAAAGCUGAUGACUCGCGUUACAGCUCAGCCAUACAUUCCUUAAAAAUAACUCAUGGUAUGGGCAACAGCGAAGAGGCUAAAAUCCAUAUUGGUUUAAUUGGCGGAAUGUUUGCUUCCCAACCGAUUGGCCGUGAAAUCCUGUUGCGCUUAGCACGUCACAUUCUUAAGGCAAACAAGGAUAGUGAUGAUUUUACCAAUCGUCUCCUCGAUCGAGUUGUCCUCCACAUUAUUCCAGGAGUAGAUCCAAACUUUGAAUUGAUCUCCGACAAUCACGAGUGCAAUCCUGUUGUGAAAGAUGAAGUUGGUCAUCGUUUUCAAACUCCAAUUAAGAAAGGUCUCAAAUUAGAUGUAGUACCGCAGGCACUCGACAAAAUUCUUGAAGAAGAAGGAUUCGACGCUUUGGUCUUGUUCGGAGGUGGUCGUAAAGUGGGUGUCUCUUACACAACGCCGAAACUUGACAUUUUCGCUGAUUUUACAAAGGAAUUCCAAAAAUGGGCGCACAGCGAUCAUUGUUCUAGUGAUAACGAUGAACUCCGCAAAGUUGAGAGAUUCAUCGGAAAGGAAUACAACAUUCCAGUAUUGAGUUAUUCUAUGUCUUGCUGCAAAUGGCCGACGCCUGAAAAAGUUCCUUCAAUCUGGCGCGAAAACCUUGUUUACUUGAAAAAUUUGGUUAAAAAAUUAUCGACUGGUGUACGCGCCCAAAUCCAAGACGCUACCGGACAUCCACUGAGAGACGCUCAAGUUCAAAUUAACAAUGCCACGUACAAAGUUUCAAAAAACAAUGCCUUCUUUAAGACAAUACUUCCUGUUGGCACGUACGAGGCUCUUAUCACUUGUGAGGGCUACCAAGAUGUGCGAUAUAAACUUGAAGUAAAAGACGAUUCUGUAGCUUCUGUAAUUAUCAAGUUGAAUCCAGGCAAAGACCACGGAGCUAAAGUUAUACCACAACAACGCAUCAUCAAGUUGAGCGAAAUAAAUCAAGCUUUGGAUAACUUGAACAGUAAACAUCAAAAAAUAUCAAAACUGCGACAAAUCGGCUUGAGUGAAAAAAACGAAAAAAUCUUGGCUUUGGAAAUUUCCGAUGGAGAUAACGAGCUCGGAAAGCCUAUAGUGCUAUUUACUGCUGGAAUAGGCAAAGGUGCACCCGUUACCUCCAGAAUUUUGACCAGAUUUGCUACGCAUCUUUUAUCUAACCAUGGUUUGAACUCGGACGUCACCAAUUUCAUUAAGUCUUUGAAUGUCAUCAUUGCCCCUGAUUUGAAUCCUGAUUCCGAUAAGACCAAUAACUGCGAGUACAAAUCGAAGAACGAGCUCUCAUUUCCACUCGAAGACUACAAAUUGAGCUAUCAUAAACAUUCAAAACUCAUUGCUGACUGGAUAAAAACGAUCAAACCAUUGAUGGUGGUAAAUCUCAAGAGUGGAUCACUCCACGUAGAAAUUCCCUAUGGUGCUGCAUUAUCGUCGAAUCAAAGUCAGCCUUACAUCACUGGUGAUGAUCGAAUUUUACAACACUUGGCUGAAACUUACACAGCUAAUCAUCCCACCAUGACAGAGAUUGGGCCUCGUUGCAUUUCCUCACCCUACAUCGAGAAAAAGGGUUUCAGUCACGCCGGCAUUGCUUUAAAAAACGGUUAUACCGAUUCUUUCUUGGACUACGUCUAUUUAAAGAGUAACGCCUUACCACUGGAUGCCUUUGUGAACUGCUGCAGCGACGACAACGACGAAACUGCUUGGGAAGAUAAUAGAAAGAGUUUAAUGAGUAUGUUGGGCGCGGCUAUGGUUCACAUAAGUGGCUUUGUCGUGUCUAACGCUGGCGCGCCGAUUCCUAACGCUGUACUUAGCCACGAUAUAUCAAAACACAAAAUAAUGAGCCACGAGAACGGCGCUUAUUACAUCAUGCUACCGCCUGGUGGACAUUUGAUCAAGGUCGAGGCCAGCGGCUACUAUGGAAUGGAAAAAAUAGUUAAUGUCUCCAACAGCAAUAAGAUUAACGCCAAAAUUAUGCUUAAUCUCGAAAAGGAUGACACGAUUUUGGGCAUGCCGAGGCUCAUAUUUGUCAUUUUAUCUGGAGCCAUCAUCGUUGUAAUAUUGUCCAUGUGUACAUUCAUUAUAGUCAAAUGCAAGUCUAGGCAACUAGAAAAUGAAAACGAUAGCCGUCCGUAUGCGUUCAGUUUGCUGCGCGAUGGCACUUCAUUUUUUGACGAUGACGAGAAGGAGGUUGAGCUAUUCAAGAGACCCUCCAAAGAAUACAAAGAAUCCGAUGGAAGUGUUGCUUACAAACCAUACUUUGACGACGAUGAUGACGAUGAAAAUAAUCUGAGCUCGAGCGAAGGAAGUGAUUUAGAAUUCAUACGACCAGAUAGAGAAUGGCAAGGAAAAAAUCCUGACGAUUCGAAUUAGCUUUUUGUUGUCAGAAAUUGUUCAAUACAAAAAAGAGAUGAUUCAAUCCAAAGCAUCGUGUUCAUCAUAAAUCAAUACAUCAUUCAUUGCAGGUAGAUGAAAUUUUUUCACCUUCUAAAUGACUGAUAACAUUUUAAGUAAAUUGUAAUAAUUGUUGCGAAUGUACGUUACUCCAGUAAAAUAUUUACUAAUGCCGCUCCAGAAAAAUUUAAUGUUGAUUUAUAUUGUAAAUAAUUUUAGAAUUCAUUUCACAUUUGCAAAAAUUAUAUGUAUGUAUAUAAAAUUGUUAAGAAAUGAGUUCUAAUCACUUUAACUAUGUACUUAUUAGUAUAAUUAUUCAAUGAAAUGUAAAGAAUUAACUGUAAUAUUUAAUAGUUACAGAUACGUAAUUUACACUUUAAAUUUUGUAUAAUUUUUAAAAGAAAAUAUUUGUCAGAGAAAGAUUUUUAAAUGUAAUCGCGUUAUAAAUACGAAUGCCAAAUUUUAAGAUUUUUUAAUACAUUCCUAUUUGAAUGGUGGUUAAUUGUUACACCUAUAAGUAAUAUAUAAAUGACGAAUAAACUUUUUACAUAUUUUUAUAAUGAAUUUUAAAGAAAUAUUUAUAAAUAAUUUGUCUGUGAUGAAUGUUAGAUAUUACGUAUUGAGAACGUAUUUUUUUUUAUAUUAUAUAUAAUCUAGAUAAAGUAAAAUGCAAUUGAUAAUUAAGGCAGCUAUUUAUUUUUGAUUUUACUACUAUAUCAUACACUAAUACACGAAAAAACCAGUUUCGAAAAUGUCUACUACUAUUAUUAAUGGAUUUAAUAAAAUUAAAAAAAGAAUUUAAGUUUAUCAUUUUUUAUUGGCUUACUGUAAAUAAUUAUACAAAAUAUACAAAAAAUAUAAAUACUAUUUCUUAAGAGCUAAAAUAAUGUUCUCGAAGGCUGAGAACUUCGUACUUCGACGUAGAUCAUUUGUUUGUGCAUAAUAAAAAUUGGAACUGUUCCUAAAUAAAUUAAAUUUUAAGUCUUAAUUUAUUACGUCAAAUAAACCCAGAAUUACAUAAGUAUUUUACAUACUUAUUAUAUGUAUAUUUAUUAAAAAUCGAAACAGCAAAUAAUUCAAUGAAUACAUUCGGUUUUUAAAAGCUUGCAUAAUU